AUGGUGAGCUUGUCCUUGUUAUCGCUCAUUGCAGGGCUUGCCAUUGCGGCUCCCGAGGCACAGCAUUGUCGAUGCCGACCGCAUGAAGAGUGCUGGCCUUCCCAUCAAGAAUGGUCGAAUCUGAAUGACACAAUCCAUGGGAAUUUGGUAGCAGUCCGGCCGGUCGCUUCGGUCUGCCAUGGAUCCGAAUUUGACGAAUCGGCAUGCAAGGCUGUCACGGACCAGUGGCACGAUUCUCGCUGGCGAGCUGCGCAGCCAGGUGCCGUGCAGUGGGAGAAUUGGGAAUCCUGGGCCGAACAUGAUCAAACCUGUUACAUUGAAUCGAAAAAUGAUACGAAAUGCGGACAGGGAAGGGUUUCAUUGUACUCGGCGAAAGUACAGACGGCGGAAGAUAUCCAGAAGGCCGUGAACUUCGCCCGGACGAAUAACCUGCGACUGGCCAUUCGGAACUCCGGUCACGACUAUAUCGGUCGCUCGACAGCCCCGGAAUCACUGCAGAUUUUCACCAAUGGCAUGAAGGAUAUCACCUUUGUGGACGAUUUUAUGCCCGCUGGUGCACCCAAGGGUAAAAACGAAGGACACGCAGUCACCAUUGCGGCAGGUGUGAAUUUGGCCGAACUAUACCAGGCUGCUGGCGAGAAAAAAAGAACUGUUCAGGGCGGAGCUUCCCAUACCGUUGGUGCUGCUGGAGGAUAUAUCCAAGCUGGAGGCCAUUCGCCCUUUGGCACUCGAGGGGGAAUGGCAUCUGAUAAUGCUCUUGAAUUUCAAGUCGUGACGGCCAGUGGAACCCUUGUUAUUGCAAACGAAUACCAGAAUAUCGACCUAUUCUGGGCCUUGAGAGGCGGCGGCGGAGGGACAUUUGGUGUUGUGGUCAACGUGACUGUUCGGACACUCCCAGAGGUCCCAGUGGUAGUAUCCAGCCUGAAUAUCACGACGUCUCUCGGAGAUGACCAAUUCUGGGAUGCAGUGAGCGAGUACCAUGGAGCACUGCCAGAACUCAACGACGCCGGCGGAUCCGGCUUUUACUUCGGAUAUCCAAUCUGGCCGGCCAAUGCAACAACAGAAGUCUCCGCGAUGACUUCAUUCCUACUUUUUGCGGGAUACACGAAUACAAGUGCCGUAGAUAAGCUUUAUGCGCCGCUGCGGUCGAAACUUCACAAGCUCACUGGCGUCACGGUUCAAUACGACACAUUUGCUUUGCCGUCUGUGAACUCGACCCUCCAGCGCAAGUGGGGAGGGGAAGGAGGCGACUCCACCGGUGGAGUUGCAGCGAUUAUCUCGCGUCUGUAUUCGAAGGACCUGUUGAAAUCAAAGAAUGGACCUGAUCGAUUGGUGAAGGCGUGGAGAAGGCUCAGAUAUGAUUCUGGGGAUUCAUUCCGCGGUCACGCCGUGGGAGGAGGCGCCGUUACGACCAACGCUAAGAAGAUUGACAGCGCUGUCAAUCCGGCCUGGAGAAAAGCUCUCACUCAUCUGGUGAUCUCGAGAGCGUGGAAGACCAAUGCAACGGUCGAAAGUCAGCAUGCCAUGAUCAAGAAUGCUACUGAUGUCGAAAUCCCUUUGAUUCGUUCCGUAGAGGGCGAAGACCAGAUGGGCGCCUAUGGCAACGAGGCACACCCAUACGAGCCAGGUUUCCAGCAAUCAUUUUGGGGACAUAACUACCCUCGUCUGUACCAGAUCAAGCAGAAAUGGGACCCCGAGGGACUCUUCAUUGCUCGGAUAGGCGUGGGCAGUGAGGACUGGGAUGAUGCGGGGUUGUGUUUGAAGAAAUGA